UCGCGCGAGGAGGCUGCUCAUGCUUACAAGAGGAGCGCGAGCGACUUAAUUUAUAAACUGUAUAUACAUUCAGGUGGCAAACAUGAGGGAAACUCCUUUAUCAAACUGCGAGAGAGACUUUCUUCUUAAGUCUAUCCAGGAGAAAAAGCGCCUGGAUGGAAGGCAGACUUAUGACUACCGCAAUAUUAAAAUCACAUUCGGCACAGACUUCGGCUGCUGUACUGUCAGUCUGGGGAAAACAAGGGUGUUGGCUCAGGUGUCGUGUGAGUUGGUCCCUCCAAAAGAUUCCCGUCCCACCGAGGGCCAGAUGUUUUUUAACUUGGAACUUUCUCCGAUGGCGUCGCCUGGCUUCCAGCCCAACAGGCAGUCUGAGCUGCUGGUGACGCUGAACAGGCAGCUGGAGAGAUGUCUGAGGAACUCCAGAUGCAUCGACACUGAGUCUCUGUGCGUCAUAUCGGGAGAAAAGGUGUGGCAGAUCCGAGUGGACGUGCACAUCCUGAACCAUGACGGGAAUUUGAUGGACGCGGCGAGUAUCGCAGCCAUAUCGGCUCUCUGUCACUUCAGGAGGCCGGAGGUCGCCAUCCAGGGCCGAGACAUCACUGUGUUCAGCCCGGAAGAACGUGAGCCGGUUCCGCUGAGUGUUUACCACAUGCCCGUUUGUGUGAGCUUCGCCUUCUUCCAGCAGGGCACGUAUUUGUUGGUGGAUCCGUGUGAGAAGGAGGAGCUGGUCAAGGACGGUCUUUUGGUCAUAGCCAUGAACAAACACAGAGAGAUCUGCUCCAUACAGUCCAGUGGAGGCAUCAUGCUCCUCAAAGACCAGGUUUUGAGGUGCAGCAAAAUAGCCAGUGUGAAAGUGUCCGAAAUCACUGAGCUCAUCACUAAAGCCCUGGAAAAUGACAGACGAGUCAGGAAGGAAGGAGGCAAGUUCGGCUUCGCGGAAUCCGUAGCUAAGGAGCGGAUCACGGUCCUGACAAGAGACGAAACGCCGCUGGAGAUGACGGACGUCCAGGCGGCGGCUGAUGAGAUCAUCAGCAAAGCAGACGCACCUCCUGAAGCCGUGCCCUCUCCUGUCAUUGUUGCCACGGGAACCGGACAGGUAGGAGAAGGGCUACAGAACGCUUGGGGUUUGGAGGAAGAUGACGAAGACGAAGAGACAUCAGAUGUAGCCGAGGGGGAGAAGAAAAAAGAUGAAGUGAUGGUCAUCUCAGACAGUGAAGAAGAAGAAGUGGUGAUUUUGAAUCAAGAAGGCCAAGGCAAACGCUCAAAACCCAGAAGCAUACAAAAAAGAAGAGGAAAACUGUAAGAGGAAGAAGAAGGUUCUUUGUGUUUGUAACCUUUUACACUCAAACCAGAGUCCCAGCCCUCGCAUUACACAAUAAUAACAAGAAGAAGCUGGCUUUCUUUACUGCCUAUACACUGAUCAAACUGAUCAUCUCAAUGGCAUCAAAAGGAGGAACAUAAAAGUGAAAAAAAAAAUCUAGCUUUUUUUUUUUAUUGAAAAUGUUUGAUUCACUGUUUGUGGGGUGGGAAAUGCUUUUGGGGACUGUAAAUGUACAAAAUAAAUGAUUCAGAUAUAAAAA